ACGCACUAAACCCUCGACGGUCGUACCAGGGCAGUUAGUUUCCUCUCCGGGAGCCGUUUCCUGUUGAACCUGGUGAAGAGUCGAACAUGUGUCCGUCGACAGAAGCAGCUUAAAGUCUGUGAGGUUGAGUUUGAGCAGCAGCGACGUGGAUUUGUGCAGGAAACAGGUGAAGACGGACUGCGAGCUGCUGCUGAGCCGCUUCCAGCAAACACAGUCCGUCCGCUUCGAGGUCUUCUCCGGCAUCUGGAGGGACGUGAACUUCUCACACAUCUUCUGGUGAUUGGCAGGAGGAGGAGGGUCUGACGGAGGAGCAGAGGAACGUUGUCAGACUUUUUGUCUGAGUUCAACAACGGAGGAAACAUGGAUUCUUCACAAGAAAAACGAAAAAACAGCAAUGGAGUCAGACGUCAGAACUCUGAGGAGGACAACGGUUCCCCAACAACAACAAACAGAGAUGAGUCCCUCAGUUGUGAGCAAUGUGGCAAGACUUUUAUCACAGCAACGAAGCUGAGAAGUCACCAACGUAGUCACACUGUGGGGAAACCGUUCAGCUGUGACCAGUGUGGGAAGACUUUUACUUACAAGAGUAAUUUAACAAGACAUCAGCUCAUUCACAGUGGAGUCAAACCAUUCAGCUGUGAUCAGUGUGGGAAGAGUUUUACUCAGGUGCAUCAUUUAAAAUACCAUCAACUCUCCCACAGUGGUGUUAAGCCAUUCAGCUGUGAUCAGUGUGGGAAGACUUUUACUCAUAAAGGUGGCUUAACAAAACAUCUACUCAUUCACAGUGGAAUUAGACCAUUCAGUUGUGAUCAGUGUGGGAAGACAUUUACUCAGGUGCAUCAUUUAAAAAACCAUCAACUCAUUCACAGUGGAUUUAAGCCAUUCAGUUGUGAUCAGUGUGGGAAGAGUUUUACUCAUAAAGGUGGCUUAACAAACCAUCAACUCAUUCACAGUGGAGUUGAACCAUUCAUCAGUGGUCAGUGUGGGAAGACUUUUGCUCGGAUGAGUCAUUUAAAAGCCCAUCAGCCCAACCUCAGCAGAGGUCAACCAUUCAGCUGUGAUCAGUGUGUGAAAACAUUUACUCCAAAUGAGCAGUUAUUGAUCCAUCAAUGUCCCCACUCUGGUAGAAAGCUGUACCACUGUGACUCCUGUGAAAAAACUUUCAAGCACCAACGGAGCCUAAAAUAUCACCAACGCAUCCACACUGGACAUGAUGUGUACAUAUGUGAUCACUGUGGCAAACCAUUUGUCCACUAUACACAGUUAAAAGCCCAUGAAGUGAUCCACACUGGGGUUAAACCGUACCACUGUGACCAGUGUGGGAAAGCUUUCAACUACAUUACCAACCUAAAAGUUCACCAACGUGUCCACACUGGGGAGAGACCAUACAGAUGUGAUGAGUGUAAUAAAACUUUUACAACUUCAAGUUCCCUGAAACAACAUCAAAAAAAGAUCCACACCAGGAAGAGAACAUUCAAUCAACGUCACAGUGAGCAGAGCAGCACAGAUGGACAAAACUCUCAGACUUGUCAGCACUCUGCCAAUGGUGAACAGUGCUGUUGUGACCAGUCUGGACCAACAUCCAACCAACAAGGAACCCUACAAUGACACCAGCAGAUGCACACUGGACACAAACUGAACCUCUGCCAAGAAGAUUUCUCCAUGCCAGGUUCAGUGAAAGUUCAUGAAGUCUCCCACAUGAUUCAUGGUGAUUGUAAUCUGGCUGUUUUGAAAAUAAUUUGCAAAGAAUACACUUUCGUUUCAAAGUGAAACCAGAUCUCCACAAAAUAAUAUAGUUUUUGUAGACAUAUCAUGUGGAAUGAGGGCUGCACAGUGGCUUGGUGGUUUGCACUUUCGCCUUGCAGCUAGAAGAUCGCCGGUUCACAUCAAGUUUGCAUGUUGUCCCUGUGCAUGCAGGGGUUUUCUCCAGGUAUUCUGGCUUCUUCUCACAGUCCAAAAACAUGUUGAGCUUAAUUGGUGAUUCCAAAUUGUCCAUCAGUGUGAAUGCAAGUGUGGUUGUUUGUCUCUCUAUGUAGCCCUGUGACAGACUGUCACCUGUCCAGGUGUCCCCUGCCUUCACCUUAAGUCAGCUGGGAUAGACUCCAACCCACCUGCAACCCUGAUGAGGAUUGAGCGGUGUAUAGAUGAUGGAUGGAUGUAGAAUGAAAGAGUGUCUUCAGAUGGAUCCCCAUCUGUGAUGUGACUCAGCUAAUUCAACACAGGAGCAGCCAGGUGGUGCUAGAAGUCACAGUAAAAUAAAGAUCAUCUGAGUGCGUUGAAUGUUUCUCAGUGGUUGUAGCAUAAAGACUCCUGUGUCUGGAAGGUUCAGUCACUGGUGGAUCAAUACUCCUGGAUAUAAAUACACCAUGGAGACUAAAGAACACUCCAAGAAACUCUGAGAAAAGGUUCCUGAAAAACAUCAGUCAGGAUACAAGAAAAAAUCCAUUUCACUAAAUCUUUCUUGGAGUCCAGUUAAAUCCAUCAUUAAGAAAUGGAAGGAAUAAUGAACAUGAGUAAAUCUGACUAGAGCAGGACGUCCUCAAAAACUGAGAGAUUGAAGAAAUAAGAGACUAAUGAGGGAGGCCACCAAGACACCUAUGACUCCUCUGAAGGAGUUCCAGCUUCAGCAGCUGAGAUGUUAGAGACUGUUCAUCCAACAACUGUUGUCUGUUCUUCACCACUCAAAGCUUUAUGGAGACAAAGAGAAAGACUCUGUUGGAAAAAGUUCACAUUAAAUCAGGACUAGAGUUCACCAGAAGACAUGUGGAGACUCUGAAGACACCUGAAGAAGGUUCUUUGGUUUGACUUUCUCUUUAUACUUUGCUGCUGUAGUGAGCAGACUGAAAAUCCUGGUUUGAGUUUCAUCACCAUGAACUUGCAUUGUUUUUUUUUUCAAAUGAAAUUGUGGCUUAUAUACUGUUAAAUUUUGUCUUGUUUGAUUGUUUUAAAUGAAUAUUCAUUAAAUUUUACUUCUGGUGUUUCAUUUAAAUCCACCUCCACUGGUCCUUUUUUAUCAUAUACUUUGGAUAUUUUAACUGGUAUCUAUAAAGUUUUAGCUCAAUGUAUCAAAUGCUUUCCUCAACAUUUAACAUAAAACAACUGUCCUUUGGUCCACUUUCAGCAGUUUUUUUGUACAUUUAACUUUGAGGCUGUUUGAACAACAUCUCAGAUGUCAUGACAUUUGUUCAGAAUCUACAAUAUUGUACAACUUGUCAUAUCUGCUCUGUCAGUUAUGAACAAAAAUACACAGACGACACCAUUGUUUACUGUAUUGCAGAUUCUGUACAGCUCGCUGUCAACAAUGUGCAACUUGCUUUUAAUCAGCUUCAAAAAUCUCUUUUCAAUCAUAAACUUCUUUUAAACGUAACAAAAACAAAGUACAUGCUGUUCUCCAGAGCCAGAAGUAUUAACGAUGAAACUUUGAAUUUGGUUACUGUAGAAGGCUCUAGAAUUGGAAGAGUCACUGAAUAUUAAUAUCUUGGUGUAUGGAUAGAUGAGGAUUUAACAUUCAAAUGCCACGCAAACAACCUUGUCACUAAAAUGCGACAAAAGAUCGUUUUUUUGUACAGAAACAAAUCCAGCUUUCCUUUAUUCUGUAGGAGAAGAGUUGUUGAAGCUGUUAUCUGUCAUUGAUUAUGGUGAUGUGAUUUACAGACAUGCUGCAGCUUCAGUUCUAAAGCCUUUGGAUGGUGUUUAUCACUCUGCUCUUAGCUUUAUUACUGGUGAUGGGUACAGAACUCAUCAUUGUGUUCUGUAUCAGAAGGCUGGUUGGCUUUCUCUGGAAGAGAGGCGCAACAAACAUUGCCUUUUAUAUAUCUUUAAGGCCCUGGUUGGAAAAUUACCACCUGACAUCUCAACCUUGUUAGAGUGGAAUGCUGGUAGCUAUACAACUCGCUCUACUGAUCUGUUACUUCCUUGAACACGUACUGAACUUGGUAGAACAAAUUUUUCUUCUCAUGCUCCAAGCUCAUGAAACAUCCUCCAAAACUCUAAAAAUUCAUGUUCUUCCUUCUCUUUCAGAGGUCAGAACUUUGAUUUCUAACCAUUGUCUUUCACAUUGCAACUGUUUCACCUGAUUUUAUUUUAUCUACCUUAUCGCUGAUGAGAUUAUUGUUCACAGUGAUUAUUCUGUACUUGUUCUAUUGUGCUGCGGUUUUAAAGUGUCCGUAAUCUCGACAGCAUUGGAAAUGAGGGAAACCUCAAUGUCCUUUCGAGAAUAAAUAAAAGGUUUGAGAUUCUUUGUUAAUCUUCAGUAAUGUAGAUUCUGAAUCAAUGACGUGAUGAGAAAUAAGAGUGAAAGUUUCAGGUUUUUAUCUUUAAUAGUUCCUGAGUUAUUGUUGUUCAAACAGCCUCAAAUUUGAAUGAAGGACAAAACCUGCAGACACUCGGUUUCCGUGUAUUUAUUAAAUUUAUUGAAUUAUUUUAAACACAGAAACGUCUCAAUACAUCAGUGUGUUUUUAUUUUAGAAAUAUUUUUAUAAAUAUUAAUAUUUCAUUGUAUCGUAGAUUUCAGGCCAGUCAGAGAUGAUGGAGCAGAAAUUAUCUCUUGGAGUCCAGUUUGUUGUUGUGCAAUGAUCGUUUCUGCGCAUGUGCGGCUCAUUUCGAGCCCAUUGGUUGAUGGAGACGUCGGCGGCUGAUGACGCACUAAACCCUCGACGGUCGUACCAGGGCAGUUAGUUUCCUCUCCGGGAGCCGUUUCCUGUUGAACCUGGUGAAGAGUCGAACAUGUGUCCGUCGACAGAAGCAGCUUAAAGUCUGUGAGGUUGAGUUUGAGCAGCAGCGACGUGGAUUUGUGCAGGAAACAGGUGAAGACGGACUGCGAGCUGCUGCUGAGCCGCUUCCAGCAAACACAGUCCGUCCGCUUCGAGGUCUUCUCCGGCAUCUGGAGGGACGUGAACUUCUCACACAUCUUCUGGUGAUUGGCAGGAGGAGGAGGGUCUGACGGAGGAGCAGAGGAACGUUGUCAGACUUUUUGUCUGAGUUCAACAACGGAGGAAACAUGGAUUCUUCACAAGAAAAACAUGAAAACAGCAAUGGAGUGAGACGUCAGAACUCUGAGGAUAACGACGGUUCCCCAACAACAACAAACAGAGAUGAAUCACUCAGUUGUGAGCAAUGUGGCAAGACUUUUAUCACACAAACCAAUCUAAGAAUUCACAAACGUAUUCACACUGUGGACAAACGGUUCAGUUGUGAUCAGUGUGAGAAGACUUUUACUGACAAGAGUAAUUUAACAGCACAUAAACUCCUUCACAGUGGAAUUAGACCAUUCAGCUGUGAUCAGUGUGGGAAGACCUUUACUCGGUUGCAUCAUUUAAAAGACCAUCAACUCUCCCACAGUGGAGUGAGACCAUUCAGCUGUGUUCAGUGUGGGAAGACUUUUUUUCGGAGGAGUGCCCUAAAAAUCCAUCAACUCAUUCACAGUGGAGUUAAACCAUUCAGUUGUGAUCAGUGUGGAAAGACUUUUACUCAGGUGCAUCAUUUAAAAGCCCAUCAAGUCACCCACAGUGGAGUGAGACCAUUCAGCUGUAAUCAGUGUGAAAAGACUUUUACUUACAAGAGUACUUUAAAAACUCAUCAACUCGUCCACAGCGGAGGUGAACCAUUCAGCUGUGAUCAGUGUGUGAAAACAUUUACUCCAAAUGAGCAGUUAUUGAUCCAUCAAUGUCCCCACUCUGGUAGAAAACUGUACCACUGUGACUCCUGUGAAAAAACUUUCAAGCACCAACAGAGCCUAAAAUCUCACCAACGCAUCCACACUGGACUUAAUGUGUACAUAUGUGAUCACUGUGGCAAACCAUUUGUCCAGUUCGCACAGUUAAAAGCCCAUGAAGUUACCCACACUGGGAUUAAACCGUACCACUGUGACCAGUGUGGAACAGGCUUCAACUACAUUGCCAACCUAAAAACUCACCAACGUGUCCACACUGGGGAGAGACCAUACAGAUGUGAUGAGUGUAAUAAGACUUUUACAACUUCGGGUUCCCUGAAACAACACCAACAGAUCCACACUAGAAAGAGAACUUUCAGUCACAGUGAGCAGAGCAGCACAGAUGGACAAAACUCUCAGACUUGUCAGCACUCUGCCAACGGUGAACAGUGCUGUUGUGACCAGUCUGGACCAACAUCCAACCAACAAGGAACCCUACAAUGACACCAGCAGAUGCACACUGGACACAAACUGAACCCCUGCCAAGAAGGUUUCCCCAUGUCGGUUUCAGUAAAAGUUCAUGAAGUCAGGGUCACUUGAUGGCGGCGAGGUGAUCACAGCGUUUUGGCCUGAGCUCUGCGCCACUUGGCUAUAUAAACUCAUUUAUCCUGUUUUCAACCAUACAUGGGAGUUAUUUUUAUUUUGAACGUUGCAUGUUAUGUCCUUAGAAUACUUUUUGCCACAGUCCUUUGAUAAUAUGGGAAGAACCUGAGCAGAUCAAGACAAGAAGGACGCACUCUCUGAAACCCGAAGAGGGCCGUCAACAUGGUGACCAGGCUGAUUCUGACAUCUCCGACAGACUGGAUCCAGCUCUUGCUAAGGCUCUCAGUCUCAUGACAACUAACAUGAAAAUGAUUGAUGAAAAACUUCGCCCUCUGGCCGUAACUAUUAACAAACAUGGUGCGGAGCUCCAGUCUGCUGGUAAUCGGCUCGACGAAUCAGAGGCUAGGCUGCUAGCUGUCAAAAAUACCGCCACUGUACACGAGCCCCGGAUUGCUGAGCUGAAAAAGCAGGUCAGUGCUUUGACAGAGAGGUUGGAUACGGUGGAGAACUACAGCAGACGCUUAAAUAUUCAGGUCAUUGGCCUGGCAGAAGAUGGUAAAUGGUCUGUAUUUAUAUAGUGCUUUACUAUACCUGAAACGAUACCCAAAGCACUUUACAUUAUACAUCACAUUCACCCAUUCACACACACGUUCACACACUGAUGGCGGAAGCUGCUAUGCUAGGCACUAACCACAACCCAUCAGGAGCAGUUAGGGGUUUGGUGUCUUGCUCAGGGACACUUGGACAUGAGUUCUCCAGGCCAGGAUCGAACCAACAACCCUCUGUUUACAAGACGGCCACUCACCCACAGAGGCACAGAGAAGGGGCAACCGGCGGAUUUCUUUGAGACGUGUCUGACCCAUGUCCUGAAGCUGACCACCAAAGCUGGGCGUAUUUAGCUCGAAAGAGCUCACUGCUCCCUCGCACCUAAACCAGAACCGAACAAAUGCCCGAGAUCGCUGCUGCUGCAGUUCCACACAUUGAGACAAACAGAGGAUGAUGGCAGCAGUGUGCAGACCCAGUCAAGAUGGCAGCUUAAUUUACAGCAGAUCCAGGCUGUCAUUGUUCAGUGAUUUCUCCUCGGCGGUGAUGAAGAGAUGCAAGGCGUACGAUGCAGUGAAACAGCAGCUGCGGGAGUGUGGGAUACCUUAUACCAUUCUAUUCCCCACCACUCUGCAGGUGACCCACGGAGACUCCAGAAAGAGAUUCACCAACCCAGGGCAAGUACAAGAUCACAUAGACUCCCUACCUGGAUGAUAUCACACCACGGUCUUCACACAGGUUGCUUCACCCCUGACACACCACAACCGUGGCAGUUUUUCCCUUUUUCUCUUUUUUUCUCUGUCAUUCACGCCAGUAAGUCUGGCUCAGUUCUCUUGAUGCCGGUUUGAACAUUUGAACAUUGUGGACAUCUCUGGUGAGUGGCGCGGCUGCUUGAGAUAUGUUUGUUUUCUGCCUUUUCACUGUUGUGGUACUGAAAGUUGUUUGUAUGGUAAACAGUCCCUGUUUCUUUGUGGAAAGACCCUUGGUCUGUUUUUUAUUUCACACACAGCAUUUGCUAUAUUUGUUCUUUCUAGUUUUCGUGUUUAGCUCAGGAUAUGUACAGGUAAUAUUCAAGGUGUACGCUGGUGUGGCAUGUCCAUCACGCAGGACGGGAGCUUUGACUGGGGCCUGGGUUGAUUAUCUCUUCAUUAUGAACAACAGUUUACAUGUCCAGUCUAAAUACUGUGCUGCUGGAACAUUCGGGGCCUUCGAAAACCAGCCAAGAGGUUAGCGAUCAUGUCAUAUCUUAAAAAAGAAGAUGUUUCUAUUGCUUUUCUACAGGAGACUCAUUUAGAGGACAAGGAUGUUACUAAGUUGCAGAGAGGCUGGGUAGGACAGGUUUUUGCAGCUUCCUAUUCUUCUGGCAGGGAUGUGGUUAUUCUGAGCAGUAAAAAACUUGCAUUCAGAUCCCUCACCUGGCUACUCCCCGACUUUCAUACAAAGGCAUUUGCUACAUUUUCUGAACUGUCAUCUGAUGAUUGCUUUGUGGGAGGGAACUGUCAUUUUAACCCUUUGCUGGAUUUACUCCCACCAGGUACAUCUCCCCCCUCUAGGCAAGCUAGAGUGCUAAAUUCCAUAUGACAUGAUAUUGGGGAUUCCGAUGUUUGGCGGGAACUCCACCCCACUAAUCUAGAAUUUAUGUCUUUUUCUGCCCCCCACAAAAGUGAUACAAGAAUUGAUUAUUUCUUUAUCCCCUCAUCAAAAAUGUUCUUGGCUUGGUCAUGUACUAUUGGCAGUGUCAUUCUAUCUGACCAAGCCCCUCUGUAUUUGGUCUACUCUCUUUCUGAGGACAGGGUUUUGUCUAGGUGCUGGAUGUUUCAAACAUCCCUUCUUAAAGAUGGAAAAUUCACCUCAUACUUUACCGCUGAAUUCAGGAUUUUUUACUCUGAGUUCCCUAUCUACAGAUAAGCCCUCUGUUCUUUGGGAAACAUGCAAAGCUUUUUCUCGGGGCCUCAUCAUUUCAUUUACAACAUCCAAAAGGCGUCAGAGAAAUGAACAAUGUAAACAUCGUGGGUCCACACUAGCUGAGUUAGAGAAACUUCAUGUUUCAACCCCAAGUCCAAAUUUAAUGAAGGAGCUGACUGCCACAUGCACCGCAUUGAAUACUCUUUUGACUCAGGACUCUGACUCUCCCUUAAAUUCACUAGACAAAGGCUCUAUGAGUUUGGGGAUAAACCUGGCAAAUUUCUGGCUAAUCUUGCUAAAACAGGCUGAUUUGGUUGGUGGGAGGGAGCACAAAAUUCCAUUAUAUGCAGAUGACGUUUGGAUGUUCCUGUCUCGUCCUGAAAUAUCUAUUCUGUGUCUGACUAAAUUGAUCUCCUCAUUCGGCGCCUUUUCUGGAUACAAACUCAACCUAGGAAAAUCCAAGGCUAUGCCACUGGGAAUGUCGAUGCCAGUCCUGAUUAUGGCAGAGCCUUUUCCUUUUCACUGGUCCCCCUCUGGUUUCACCUACUUGGGAGUGUAUAUCACACCUACAUAUGAGCAGAUGUAUAAAUCUAACUUUCAUUCACUUUUAGACACCAGGGGGUGUUCAACUAAAAUUCAAAGUGGUCCAGUCAGAGAAAAUGCAUUAAAGCAAAGGUCCGGAACAUCAUAAAGUCUAACUUCAAUUAGUGCGAUAUAUGAUGAUGUAACCUAGACGUUUUAUUAGCCUGUGCAUGUAAUCAAUAGCUGACCAUCAAAUCAAAUAAAUUCAGUACGGUUCAAAAACAUUUUGACAACAUUUACUAACAAAUGACUUUUGAUAUAACUGUACAUCUUAAAAUUAAGUGUAGAACUUGAAAAAAUAAUGACUGAACAACCCAAACCAGCUUAUAUACAUCUUUAACAAUACCUACAUCUCAAAAAAUGUAAACAAUUGUACACUUUUACAUUUUUUUUCCCUGUCUUGUUACUCCCCUUAUAUCCCUGCUGCUUAAUGGGAGAACUGAGCUGCAGUUGCCCUGCCACUACUUUUUGAAUUGUGUAUUUUGAAUUGUGGUCUGAAUGGUGUCAGGGUCGUUCUCAAACACAUUUGGAGCUCAUUGGUCAGUCUGGAACCAUAUUCAGUUUUGUCAUGUUUGUUAUGUUCAUAGUUGAGAAAGGUGCCUCCAGCUGUAUGUUGAGCCAAACAUGGUCAGCAUGUGCAGGACUAUUUCCCUCUCGGUGUCGCUUUAUUCAUUUUCCUUUUUUGUCUGUCUCUCAUCUCUCAACUGUUUUCUGAAUGCAGAGCUGUGAUGUUUAGCAGCUGCAAUGCAGAGACUUCAUUGGCUCAGUAGCGUCACGUGGGAUGGCUGAACUCGUACGUAAUUGGUCUGUGUGUUUCCUGAGCUGCUAACUAAUGCCAUAAACACUGGGAAAGCUGUGCCGGUCAAACAGAAGCAACCGGUCAAAUUUAAAAUCCUGUUACAAUUUACUGAUUACUUGUCCGGUCCAUAGAAGACGGCGUCUGGGUCCAGAUCAGGACCGCGGUCCGCCAGUUAGUGACCCCUGCCAUAAAGGCUGAUUUGGAUUGCUGGGCCCCUUUACUCCUCUCCUGACUGGGCAGAAUUGCUCUUAUUAAAAUGAACAUUCUGCCAAGAUUGCUGUGCCCAUUGCAAAUGAUCCCCUUUUAUUUUAUCAAACAGGAUUAUUAAGGUGCUGGAAGGCUGGUGAAGUGGUUUUAUCUGGAGCAAAAGGAAACCCAGACUCAAGAUGACACAACUCCAAAUGACUGGUUGUGAUGGUGGUUUAGGUGUUCCUAAUGUGAGACUAUAUCAGCUAGCAGCGCACCUACAGGUGAAACAAGAUCCAGCCUCCAUUUGGCUUGAUGUAGAAUCCUCUCAGUCCCAGUGUCUUCUGUUUAACCUUUUCUUUGUGAGUAAUUCUGAUGUGAUUAAGAAGCUCUGUAUUAAUGUCAUCACUUUAAGCACAGUUAAAGCUUGGAGAUGCAUUGGCAUCAUAGAGGGUCGUGUCCACCCAACAUCUCCUCUUGCUCCUGUUUUGGGUGGCCUGGACUUCCUGCCAGGCUGCCUAGACCAAGGAUUCAGAACUUGGCUCACCUGUGGGCUAACAAAGCUGGGAGACUUGUUUACUGGCCAGACUUUGCUCUCCUUUCAGCAGUUACAGCAGCGAUACGGCCUACACAAGAGUGAGUUUUUUAGAUAUCUACAAAUCAAACACAUUGUCAUAAAAGACACAACUCUGACAACUAAUAGUGCAGCCUCAUCUGUGGAAAGUGCCCUGUCUUCUCAGAUGUCUGGGAAUGUAUUAGUAUUUUCUACAAGGGUUAGGGUUAGUGUGAACAGAAUUUCUUUAAUAGUCCAAGUAAGUAUUUUUAAGUAUUAAAAAGUAUUAAAGUAUUAUUGAGAUUUAUGCUGCUGUUAUUUGUUUAGUCCAGACGAAAUGAUAGAAAUUCACAACUGUAAUUUUAUUUCAGGACUCGGUUAUUAAAUGUCAAAACAAACCAUGUGACUCUAAAAACUCAACAGCUUUACAAACUCUAAGAUUAAACUCUCCACAAGGAUCCAAAAUAAGUUGGACUUCUACAUGAGAGCUUUAAUUAUUCUUCAUCUACUUCCUGAAAAGUUUGGUCAAUAAAAAAGACAAAAACUAAUAUUUUCAGUUGAACUAAAGGCAGACUUUGGGAUUUUUCUGCUCACAUGUUGUGUUGUUGUAAACUUCCUCUUUCAAAUAAACAGCCUCCUAACCCCCUGGAAACCAGCGUUUGUCCUGUUUUUGUGUUGCUCCUCGGCAACCCUAGACAGCCGGGUCCUAAUGUUUUUUGAGCAACACACCAUACUAUGACGUUUUUACAAUGAUGGUUCUACUAUGGAACCAGUUUGACAUGUUCAGGUGUUCUUUGUGUGAAAACUCAGAGAUUUCAGGUAUCAGAAGGUGGUUUUCAACUUUCUUUGUUAACUUUCUGCUUCAACUUUAAACUAAAUUUCCUUCACUAACCCAGCCCUCUGGACUUCCAGGAAGCUGUGUUCCUAUUGGCUGUCCAGGUGGCUGCUUGGUGUUAUCAGGAACACCUGAGCAGCUCAGUGUCUUCCUGCUUUAUUUAGCUGCAGACAAACAUUUCCUCUGCUUCUGUUCACCACUGAACUGGGUUUGGCUCCAUUGCUUCAGUUUGUUCUUUAGGCGUUGGCUUGCAGCUUCCAGCAGUAAAAUCGUCUUUAAUGUGUUUAUUGGUGUGUUUUAGGGCUUUGUACUGGAUAGUUGUCUUGGUAAAUGUGGUUCUUUAGCCACAGUUAGCACAUGGUGCUAAUGUGUGCAGUGAUUAGUGGAUUUGAUACAGCUGAGUUGUGUCUUUAUCUUGGCUGUAGUGAGUCUUCAGAGGUUUUUGGUCAGACACAUUCUGUAUUCUUGUUUGAGAACCAGCGUUGGUUGUCCAGAAGGUAAGAGUUCCUGUCCUGAUUCUCUGUUCUCAGAGGUUCUCUGGUAGGCUGCAGGAGACUUUAGCGUUUGGGUUGUGCUAGUUUGGUUUUUGUAUGGUUUCAUUUGGACGACUAUCUUGAGGCUCCUCCAUGUGGUUUAGUGAGGUUUUCUGGAACAGUUCUACAAAGCAACCUGCAGCAGAAGAGACUUUGAGAGUUUUUAGGAAGUUCUGGAGAGCAGACUUUAGAGCAGCAGAAACAUUUGUCAGCAGUUUGAGCAGGAGAAGGUGAGCUUCAGAGUAGAAAUGAGACAGAAACCUUCUUGACCCGUGUGGUGAGGUCCUGUACCAAGAGUUUGAGCAGGUUGUGAAGAGUCUGUAGUUCUUUAGUCUGAAAGCACAAGAAGAGUCGACUCAUUAAAGGAGAAAACAGGAGAUAUUGUUGGUUCUUCUGUUGCUCUGCAGUUUCCUUAGACUGAAUAUCAAGUUUAUAUUUUAAAUGAUUUCCCAUGUGAGCCCAAGAAGACCUCAAUAAACUCCCUCCAUCCCCUGGACACAACACAUUUUAUUACCAUGUUAAAUCUUUUGUUAAAACAUAUUUUUGAGUUUUAAUCAUAGUUUUAGCAGUUUUUUCUCUUUGCUUGUUUAGUUUUGUAAUCUGUGUGAAAGGUGCUAAACAAAUAAAGUUGAAUUGAUAAACUGAAUAA